CCAGAUCGCCUUCCGCCUUCGCGUCCCCUCUGCUACUGCUGUCGCUUUCGCUCUGCGAGAGCCAAAGGUCGCGACUUUCGUCCGAAAGAUCUCGCCUUUCCUCUUCAUUUUCUUGUGGGUUCUUUUCUUUUUCGGCUUUGGAUGAAACGAUGGGUGCCCCUGUAGCUGGAUUCUCCAUCAUCCCCAUCAUCAGAGUGAUCGGAGUCACCGUCACGGCUCUGGUGCUCAUCUGGGCGGUGCGCUACCGGGGUGGCCUGGCGCUCGUCUCCGACAGGAAGGAUCUUAUCUUCAAUGUCCACCCUGUUCUAAUGGUGUUCGGACUCAUACUUCUCAAUGGUGAAGGUGGGUGCACUUCCUUUCUCUGUGAACUAGCAUUACACGUAGGUUUAGUUGUGGCAAUUUUCUGGCAUCAUGACAAAAAUUUCCAUUUUCUCCAAGUUAUUUGAUAAUAUAAGCGUCAUA